GCGCGCGUAGAGGAGGAAGGAACGAACGGAAGCAAGGAAGGAGCGGAGGCAGCGCGCUGGACCGCAGACGGCCGCGGAUGAAGGGAGGCGAACCUCGCUCGCGUGGCUUUUUCCCGCACGGCGUCUUUCUGGCACUGCAAAGGAGUCGCUCGACAACGAUGCUCCAACUCGUGCACCUCUUGGCGGCGUUGGUGUGCGGCAGCCAAGCCAUCCUGCAGGUUUCCAUAUCCUUGAACAAGGUGGAGUUAAGUGUUGGAGAGUCCAAGUUCUUCAUCUGCACAGCGAUUGGCGAGCCGGUGAGGCUGGAGUGGUUCAAUCCUCAGGGCGAGCGCAUUGCGGGCUCCAAGCGGAUGGCGCUGCACACGGAGACGUCGCGAUCCCGGCUCAUCAUCUACAACGCCAUUGUGGAGGACGCCGGCAUCUACCGCUGCCAGGCCACUGAAGCCGGUGGCCACACGGCAGAGGCCUCAGUGGUGCUGGAGAUCUACCAGAGGCUGACUUUUCGGGACGUUCAGUCGCCGCAGGAGUUCCGCUAUGGCGAGACGGCGGAGGUGGUUUGCGAUGUGAUUAGUUCGCCGGUGCCGGAGGUCGUGUGGACCUACAAGGGCAGGGAGAUCGCUGAGGAGCACCACAGUAGGUUCAAGGUGCUGACAAACAACAGCCUGCAGAUCCUCCACGUGACCAAAGCGGACGAGGGCGUGUACCGCUGCGAGGCCAGCGUGGAGGCUCGUGGUGAGAUCGACUUUGUGGAUAUCGCUGUGGUGGUCAACGUCCCGCCGGUUCUGUCAGUUUCCCAACAGUCAUUCAACGCCACCGCCGACUACCAGGAGUCAGUCACCUUUACCUGCAUCACUUCUGGAUCUCCCGACCCUCUCGUAACGUGGCACAGGAAAGGCCAGCGGUUGGAGCCAUCGGAUCAGUACAUUGUGAGUCAACUGGGAGGGGGGCGGAGCAUGCUCACCAUCCGCAACAUCCGUCAGGGGGACGGAGGCUUCUACUACUGCAAGGCCACCAACAAGGCGGGUUCUCAGGAGAGGGAGCUCUUCCUCAAAGUGUUCGUCCAGCCCCACAUCACACAGCUGAAGAAUGUGACGGCGGUGGAGGGCAACGCCGCCAUGAUCUCCUGCAUCGCUGAGGGCGAGCCGCUGCCGGACAUCUCCUGGAGACGAGCCAGCGACGGGCGGACCUUUGUGGACGGAGACAAGAGUCCGGACGGUCGCUUUGAAGUGCGCGGUCACCACGGCAAGUCAGCGCUAACCAUCAGCAGCAUACGGCUUGCCGACCUGGGCCGCUUUGACUGCGAGGCACUCAGUAGGAUCGGAGGCCAUCAGAAGAGCAUGUUUCUGGAUAUUGAGUACAUACCAAAGUUCUUGAGCAACCACACCAUCUUCUAUUCCUGGGAGGGGAACCCAGUGAACAUCAGCUGUGACGUGAUGUCCAACCCGUCCGCCACUUUGCUGUGGAGGAGGGAGCACUUCACCAUCUCCGCAGAGGAGACCACCAACACGCGGGUGCACAACGGCAUGGGCAAGUCCGUACUAGAGGUUACUCCGAUGUCCGACAGGGACUUCGGUCGCUACAACUGUACCGCCCGCAAUAACAUUGGCAUUCGAUUCCAGGAAUUCAUUCUGGCCCAGGCAGAUGUGCCAUCCAAUCCGUACUCGGUACGCCUGUCGGCCGUCUCCCAGCGUUUGGCUACCGUCACCUUCAUGAAGCCGGACUCUCACGGCGGCGUGCCCAUCGGCUAUUACCUGGUCCAGUACAAGGAGGCGGGCACACAGGACUGGAGGGACGUCAGAUCGCAUAGUGUGCAAACGACGGUGGUGCUGACCGGCCUGGAGCCCAACACAACGUACGAGGUUCGAGUGGCGGCCGUCAACGGGAAGGGUCAGGGCGACUUCAGUCACAUGGAGACUUUCCAGACCUUACCCAUCCGAGAACCGAGCCCGCCAGCAGUCCACGGCCAGAGAGGAAUGGGGAAAGCUUACAAGCUGGGGCUGGUCAAGCAGGAUGACGGAGGCAUGCCCAUCGUGGAAUAUAUUGUCAAGUACAAGACGGACAAGGAGGAGCAAUGGAUGACCAAGCUCGUUCCGGGCUCCAAUGACUUCGCCACUCUGCAGCCGCUGCAGUGGAACACGCGAUACGAAGUGGAGAUCACAGCCCGAAACGUGAAGGGCCUGUCGGAGCCCACCUUCUACCAGUUCUUCAUGCCGCAGAAACCCGACAUCACAGCAGAAUCCCUGUUCAGCGGCCUGGGCCUGGGCGCGGUGGUGGGCCUCGGCCUCGGAGCGCUGCUCCUGCUGCUGGUUCUGGUGGACGUCGGCUGCUUCUUCCUGCGGCGCUGCGGCCUGCUGAUGUGCAUCACGCGCGCUCUGUGCAGCAAGAAGACGGCCACCGGCGGCAAAGGCAAAGAAAUGGAGGAGGGCAAGGCCGCCUACCUGUACACCUACAACAGCCGCCCGACCACCUUUUCAACCACAGAAACUGCCGCUGAAGGAAGAAAAUGGCAAAGAGUCUCUCAAGCCGGAUACGAUUGAAAUCAAAUUGCACGGCGACCGCAGCAUCCACGCCAAGCCGGAAGACAGCAAAGCAUGAAAGGGGGCGCCCCUCUCGCACCCGCAAGAACAUUCGGAUCACGACACCAAAACUCAGAGAAGCUACAGAACUGCAACGUAGUCCAGAGAAAUAAGUGUGCGUCAGUGAGAGGCGUGUGUAAAUAGAAAUUCGAGAUUGACGCGUGGGUGCGUGGCUGCUGACAUAUGACAUCAGUGAAAAAUGAUUGUAUAUUUUUUGUUUUGUUGUGUACCGUUAUGAGUCCCAUGAUGCUUUUUUGGGGGGUAAGGCGCCCUCCGGCCGCCUCCCGUGGGUUGUUCCAAAGAAUUCGCAACUCAGUCAGAGCCCCCCCGCUGACCUCUCGUGAUCACACUUUGUGGGCGAUUCUCACAAAAGAAGCUUACAGUACUAACACACUCGUCCCGGUACGCCGAUGAUGUCGACCUCUUUGUUUGCCGGGUAAAGCUUCAGUCAAGAGAAAGAAAAACUGUCCACAAAAGGGGUAAAUAAUUCUUUUAUUCUGUGUCGCCAGAGAAAAAAACAAAAACACUUAAUUACAGAAAAAAACAUACUGCGGUGGCAAACAGCAUACGUGCGUUGAGUUGAUUGUUUUCGAAAAGUGUUGCCACUAUUGCCAUCGCUCAGCAUCCAACUGGAUGUUUCGGGGGUUUGUUUUUGUCGGUCCCCUGCAGUGAGCUUGAACUGUGAAUGUUUUGAUCCAUCAAAGAAGUUUAUUGCAAGAAGAGAAAAGCACGGAAUGAAGGAAUCGGGACACAAGUCAACAUUUACUUUGAUGUCUUUGCGCUCUCUGCCUCUGAUGUCUCCUCAAUGUCUCUUUUCUUUGGUGGGCUGCUCGCUGACAUUUGUCACGUGUUGUACAUAGGUGGGAAAAAAAUAUUUCACAGAGCUUUUAUGUAAAUACACCAUAAAGGAUGUGACUUUUUUCAAAAGGCAGUUUCUUCUUUUGUCAUGUUGUAUUUGGUCCAAAGCUUAGUGCUAGUCUAACGUUUGGUUGUCUAGUCAAAUCUGCGGCCCGAAGCGAUUUCAUAUCAGUGGAGGAAGUAACACAAUCUGGCCCCUCCUGUAGUAGUACACGCUUCUGAAACACUUUUUUUUGUUUUGUUUUUUUUGCCACAGAGCGUGUCUGAAGGUUGAAUGUUUUUUGUCCUGCUGUGAACUGUGGAAAAUGUAGUCAACACUGAACAGAACAUUAGUAGUACAACUAACUGCGGACUGAUGUCGUGACUACGAGGUGUGUCAGGAAGUUCCGGGACCGGUGUCACAAAAGAUAUCUUUCAGACCCAAACUAGACGUUUUCUGAGGCCCUUUCCCAGCCUUGCGUGCCACAGCUUCACGCCCAUUUGUGGUCACGGCCAUCGGAGCGGGUCCCCUUGAUGACCCCCUUCAGGGCAUUGUGAGCGGCCACGAUUUCCCUCCUCCUCACGCACUGAAAGAAGAAAAGGUGACAGGAUCUUUUUGUCGACGUGCAGGUUGUCGUCUGGCCCACAUUGAAGGCAAAAAAAGUUUGGGUUUGAAAUAUAGUCCCGGAAGUUCUCUGACAAACCUCGUGGAGCUCCAAUGACGUCUUUUAUCAUCCGGUGUGUUUUUGUGCGUGAAGCAGCAGAUGAAUAAUCUCCGUGCACCGGGUUGCAUGUUUAUCCUGUGGAUGCAUCUGCAUGUCCUUUGUCCAAAGGGAGCACCCCCGAUUUGAAAAUUGCAUUCAUCUCUGGCAGCCGAUUUGACUUUUUCUCUUUUUAUUUGACACAGCGCGAGGCGAUAACGACCUCCCGUGAAUGUGAGUCGCUAAUGAUGCACUUGUGGACAGUGAUUGAGUUCCCCAAUCUGCAGCGCUUAAGUGACUGCUCGCGCAAAUCCUGCCGCCGCUCGCCACCUCCCGGACGUCUUUUUUUGUGUGUGACCGGCAAGCCCUAAGGGACGGUCCACGGUCCACGUUGCGGUUCCGCUGCCGAUCGUGCUGACUGUAAAUGCGAGUGCGCAGUGCCCGGGCGGCGUUCCGAUUUGUACGUUCUUUUGUAUUUGACGUGGAAGCCUCCUCUCUUCAUUCCUCCUGUGUCCGGUCCGACGUGUCCUCUUCUAUAGGGGGUCAAAUGGGUGUGUGUGAUCUCAGUGUCCAGUGUGUGUCCUCUUGGUUCCCAAAUCCCUUGCACCCGUUUGGACCUCCUUCCCCGCUGAGUGUGCUUUGUGCAGGACGUGGGAAUAUUGAUGUCUCUCUGUAUGUACCUGUGCCACACUUGUGACUCCUGUCAUUUGCCGCUGUAAAUAAACAUUUCCUGUUAGAAGCGA